AUGACACAACAAGGAACUAUGGAAGCUAAGGAGCAAGAUAGGAAGGAACCGAGUAUGAGCAGAUUAUCCAUACCUCAUCAUUUUAACUCGUCGGUUUCCUCAGGUUCUUUUAGUCUGCGUAAAGGACGUUCAGGAUCUAGCGUACUGAGAUUGUCAAAGAACUCUGGCGUAAAUACAAAUGUCGAAUCAGAAUAUCCAGUCACUACUUCAGAUGAACAAAGCUUAAAGACAGCAGAUAGGAUUUCUAGCGUAGUUCCAAGUGCUACUUACCUGGAUAAGUUAUGGUCACAAAUAGAUGUCUUGGAUGACGUGAAAGCGAUGUCAAAUCAAAUUAGAGAAGACGGUUCAUUUUUCAACGAAGACUUCAACGAGGAACUUAUGAAGCUCAAGAGACUGCAAAACAAGUUGUUGGAGACAUUAGCAAAUCAACUGUUUAGUGACAAGGAAGUGGAUGAGCAAGAGCAACUGAGUAUAUCUUCUCUUUCCAGCAAGACCAUAGACGAAGCAAAAGAGGACCUCGAUAAGGAAGCCAGAUCAAGAAAUGCUAAAAUUAAUAGCUUCUUUGACCAAAACUCGAAGGAUACAACUACAAUUGAGCAUAACAAGCAAAAGCUCAAUGAGCUCAAACUUUAUGUGGAAGAAGUACGAGAGAACCUCAAAGCCGUGGCAACUUCUAUGAAAAGCUUUGACCAAACAACAAAGGACUUGUGGUAG